AUGAAGCUAUUUUCCCUCGUGAUAUUAGCGACUCUUUGUAUAUCCGCCUUCGCCCUUCCAACAAUAUCACCAGACAUUGGGAAAAGGAGCAGCGUUGAACGACGGGGUGGAAUUCCGGGCUGGGAUUGGAUUCGAGACCUUUUCAGAAGUUCAAAAGGUGGCCCUACGACCGAAAAUGGGAUCAAAAAAUUCAACGGCUGUCAGCCGUUAACUUUGAUAUUCGCCCGCGGGACGGACGAAAAGGGGAAUAUGGGAGACAUAGUUGGUCCUCCUCUUGCUGCCGCAUUGAGGGCCCUUCUGAAGGGAAAGGUCACCGUCCAAGGAGUUGAUUAUCCUGCCUCUUUUCUGGGAAACUUGAACUUCGGGGAAGAUGGCGGACCAACUAUGGUUGAUCUCAUCAACCACUCAUUGUCGCAAUGCCCUGAGAGCAAAGUAGUCCUUGCUGGAUACUCCCAGGGAGCUGCAGUGAUCCAUAAUGCCUCUAGGGACCUCCGGAAUGAUCAGGUAGCAAGAGCAGUGCUCUUCGGCGACCCGCUCCACGACCUUCCUCUCAAAUCUCUUGCUAAAGAUAAGGUGAUGUCGAUAUGUGCAGAAGGAGACCCUAUCUGCCGAGGCGGUUUAGAUAUGACUGGUCAUUGGUCCUACGCAGAGGAUGCGAAUCGAGCUGCUUUAUUUCUUGCAGCAGCAAUGAGAGAGAAAUCUUAACCGGAGAAUUGAAAUGGGGAAACAAGGUCCGAA